GGAGGCGGAGGAGGGCGAGGAGGGCGUGGCGGAGCGGGCGGCGGAACGCGCGCUGGCGCUGGAGGGCGCGGAGGAGGCCGAGGGCGACGACCGCGUGGCGCUGCUGCUGGCGGAGCCGCUCUCGCCCGGCCGCCUCUACCGCUUGCGCCUCGCCUUCAACGGCUCCCUCUCCGACGACCUCACCGGCUUCUACAAGGUCUCCUUCCGCGAGGGGAACGCCACCAAGUGGAUCGCGUCGACGGUGUUCGAGCCGGCGGAAGCACGGCGCGCCUUCCCCUGCCUGGACGAGCCCGCGCUCAAGGCGCGAUUCCAGGUGAAUGUGGGCCGCCCCGAGAACCUCGUCGCGCUCUCCAACAUGCCACUCCGGGUCACGGAGCCCAAGGCUGGGCACCCGGGGUGGGUGUGGGACCGCUUCGAGCAGAGCCCGCCCAUGGCCACGUACCUGGCGGCGUGGGCGGUGGGGCCGCUGGAGAGCCGCAACGCCAGCGCGGACGGGCGGCUGCGCGUGUGGGGGCGGCCCGCGGUGCUGGGCGACGCGCAGUACGCACUCGACACGGGCGACCGCAUCCGCCGCCUGCUGGCCGAGUGGCUGGACGAGCCCGACCCGCUGCCCAAGAUGGACCUGCUCGCGCUGCCCAGCUUCGUCAGCGACGCGCUCGAGAACUGGGGGCUCAUCUCCUUCGGGUGA